CAUUCGAAGAACAAGGAUCGUCGGCCUUCAUUCUGUCGAAUACAUUUCGUUGCUUGGUCUUAUCUCCACCAAUAGUGAAGCGAACAGGAAACAAUCAAUGAUCCAUCCUUUUCUAUCCACAAUUACGUGCUGUUCCCGAACACAAGCCAAAACGGCAACACAAUGCAAUCCGCUCACACCCGAAUGCGACGAGCAGUCGAAAAGGAAAACCGAGACAUCGAUGAGGAAGCGGGAAGAGCAGCUGGUGGAAAACAACAGAAAAGGAGAGUUCGUCUUAAAAAGAAAUCGCGCAAACCGAUCAAUUUGUGUCUCUUGCUAAUUGUGUUGUCCCCCGUUUUGGUUAUUGGCAUAUUGCUAUACGCUACCAACCAAUACGCGAGUUUAUCGGGGCUGCUGCGAAAAGAAACACAAGCGGAUGGCAGUGGUGGGAAGGAUGUUUCCGGCAAGCGCUCCAAUGAGGCAUCGAGAAUUAUGACACGCCUCGGCAAUAACCGAGCGGAGGAGCAGCAGACGGAUCAGGAGGCAAACAGCAUCGAACAGGGAGACAACCAGGAAGUCGGACAGAAUAUAGUCGAAGGGAUAGAAGCAACGAAACCGCCAGAACAAAAGCAACAGCAAAACGACAAGAUCACUACGCAUGACAAAAAGUUCCUCGUCCUGACUACUACACAAGGGAACAUAAAAAUAACAUUGCGGCCGGACCUUUCGAAAGGAUCCGUCGACUACAUCUACAAGCUGGUCGAAAGCUACGGGGGUAAGCGGUGCUUGCACUGCAAUUUUUACCGGGCGGAGAAGCCCGGAAUCCUCCAGGGCAUCAUGGAGAACAAAGAUGUGGUUCCCAUCAACACGGUCCGGGGAACCUGUCCGGAAGGUGCCGAGGGCGUUCCGAAURACUGCCCACCSUGGGACAAGRACUGCGGCUGCCACGGCCCGAUCAUGACGAGGGGCGCCGUGGCAUGGGCCGCGGGGGACGCUGGGGGUCCCGAUUUUUUUAUUGACGCCUACAAGAACCCGGCCGAUUGGUGGGGAACCCAGCACACAAACUUUGGUUUCAUCGACGACGAAGCAUCUCUCGAUGUCGUCGACGCCAUGUUCGAGCUGCCCAUCGAGUCAACGCCUGAUAUGGAUUUUAUCAAGGAUCCAAUCCACUUUGACCUGCUGCUUGAGUAGGGCAGACAUGAUGGUUAUGAAACUUGGAUUACUAGCACUAUGCACCAUGGUACACUUUCUUCUUAGCGAGGAGUAUCUCAAUUAGUGGUGGUGGAGCUGCUGCUGUCACCGGUGGUAUUUUUUGGCAGUGUUGAAGAUUGGUAAUGAUAGUGUUUUAUUUACAAAUGGUAUUGGGAACUAAAUUGUUGCUACGUUGUACUGUAUCUUUUAGAAUUUGUCACAAAAGAUGGCCUAUUAGAGAGACACGUUGGUAAUGUUUACUGUUGACUUGAAUCAAAGAAAAAGAGUUUUUUACUAUUGUGGGCGAAUGUUAAUAGUGAUUGAGAAUUCAGUUCUGCCAAUAGCAGAAAUUUAAGUGGGAAAAAAGAUUAUGCAGUUGC